GGAACAACCAUGGCAAACAAGCACUGUGGGCUGUCAUGUACCUCUGUUUAACAACCUUUUAUAAAAGAACACUAUGCAAACAUGCACAGACAAAAUUCAUCUACACGCUAGUGCCGUGGGCGUUGAGCUUCAAGUUAUGACAUGCAAGUCCUUACACUGCAUAGACAUGUCGAUUUUAUAACUCACUCGUGCUUAUUAGACCGUACCAACAAAGGAUGUAGUUACAAAACAAACUAGAGCGAAAAUGCAUGCGUUUAAAAGUGAAACAAAAAAAGAUGUGUUCGAGCUGAAUCACAACUGGACGCAUGUUGAAAUCUGACUGACAAGAGGAGUUUCGUUUGUCGCUGUUUGAAUUCAAGUUCAUCUGAAGUGCAUUAUGGAGACUUGCGUGAUAGCCGUCGAGGAAAACCAAAACGAUAUCGUCAAGACACAUUCGUGUUUCGAGAGGACGUUUUCAUCAAUGACAGUGGACGAUGUGUAUGAAAUCGCUAAACUGGUGGGGUCAGAAGUGGAGAAGCUCAUCGACAGCUAUGGGAAGUCGAGUGUGGAGGGACUGGUGUCUCACAUAGUGAAAGUGUUGGAGCUCUUGGAGAGCUUCGCGGCGAGAAAUCAAUCUCAUAAAUGUAAGGAAGAGGAGCUAUUGAAGGCCUUUGAGACGUUACAGUUACAGCAGCAGAAGAAACGACAUGUAAAGGACGUCGAUCAGACCAGCAACAGCUGUGAGAGUCGGGACUGGCAUCAGAAAGAAAAGAAACUGAAUGAGACUGUAGAAGUGUUACAGUCCCAGGUGUAUCAGCUCAAGGAAGAGAACCAGGAGCUUCUGACCCGCUUACAAUGCACACACUCCAAAGAAGACCGCACACAGCGUCAGGAACGAGAAGUGAUGCUCAAGCUGAAGGAAGUGGUGGAUAAGCAGCGUGAUGAGUUGAGAGCGAAAGUUCAGGAGAUAUCCAGCAUGUCCAAGGAGGUGGAAGCGCUCCAGGAGCAGCAGGAGCGGCUAAUGAAGAUAAAUGCAGAACUCAGACACAAGCAGAACAUCAUACAGACUCAGCUGAAGACCGCAGUGGAGAGGAGGACCGACCUGGAGGCCGACCUGUGUGAGAAACAGAAAGAGAUAGAGCGCCUGAACUUACAAUUAGAAACAGCCAGCGUGAAUACUGCUGCUGAAAAGAGCAAUUCAGCCAUUGACCUCACAGAUAAGAUGAUAAUUGACUUGAAGGAUCCAAAUCGGCCGUGUUUUACCAAGCAGGAAGUACGGGAUAUGCUUUUUGAGAGGAACGAGUUGAAGGCCAAUCUCUUUCUGGUGAAAGAGGAGCUUGCAUAUUACCAAAGGGAAAUUCUGAAUGAUGAGAGAUGCCCAGGGUUCUUGCUCGAUGCAGUGCGCUCUGCCAUAAAGAAGCAGAGGACUGUCAUAAAGUCUAAAAUGCUCGGCAUACCUGUUAGCGAAUGUAGCACAGAUGAGACAGACGGCCCUUUGUUUGAGAGGAGUGGAAAUGAAGACAUUGACAUUGACACUGACAGCAGACCCCAGGACUCACGCAUCAGAAACCUAUUUGGUUUCCUGACGCGGUCCAGUCUUACUAGGAGUUCCGGUUCACAGUCCUCUGGCCUUCCGACAUCCAGCUCCACAUGGGAAAUCAUCGAUCCAGAUGAGCAGGGAGACAAGGAGGAGACACAAACCCUCAGCUCCUCCUGAGAACCAUCCCAUCUGUCACUCAUCCUUACCUGGGUUUGAAGAGAGAAGUUCAAAAUAUGUUCUUGAUCUCAUUUUAGUUGCAAACGAAGGAACGGACUGAAGAUUGUAUUGAGAGAAAACAAUUUCUCUAUGUAUUUGGUUAUACAGACAUGGUAUUUUUAUGGUUUUUGCCUAUGCAGUCAUUAAAAAAAAAAUUGUCAGCACUUAGCUUUUGUUAAAUUACCUGAUAGCUAGAGUUGAGCCUGAUGGUCACUCAAGAGAAGACCUGAAGAUGAGUUUAGACUGUGUCAGUCACAUAAAUAUUUUGUUGUUAGUUGUUUACACUUCUGUUUGUGAGUUUGGGGUCUCAAUUUUUUUGAAAAAAGUCUCUUUAUGCACAGCGCAUCAAGGCUGCAUUUAUUUGAUCAAAAAUGCAGUACAACUAUUAUUAUUAUUAUUAUUUAAUAUAUUUUAAAAUGGAAUUUAUUCUUGUGAUGUCAAAUUACUCCAAUCUUCAGUGUCACAUGAUCCUUCAGAAAUCAUUCUAAUAUGCUGAUUUGGUGAACAAGAAACAAUCAAUAUAUGUUUAAAACUGCUUCUUAAAAAUUUUGUGGAAACUUAUAUUUUUUUUAUUGUUUAAAAGAAAACAAUAAAACAUCUUUUUGAAAUAGAUAUCUUUUGUAACAUUAUAAAUGUCUUUACUGUCAAUUCUGAUCAAUUUAAUGCAUUCUUGCUAAAUAAAAGUAUUAAUUUCUUUGAAAGAAAAAAAAAAUCUUAUUGACCCCAAACCUUUCAAUGGUAGUGUAUAUAUGGAUAAAGAUGAAGUGUAUAUUUUUUCACUUUCUCCUCUUCCAGUUUAAUAAUGCUAAUACACUUGUAAGUAAGACAUUUGAUUGCUUUUCCAAUGAGUGUAAACAAUGGCUUUGUGGCACUUUCAAAAUAUUACUAUUUCAAGUCCCAACAUGUCCACUUCUGGCUCAACCAAUGCCAUGUGGUUAGGGCGGGGCUGCUUGUAAAAAGCUGUUUAGUGGGAAAUUGACUUGGAAGGGAUGGUAGGAGGGUUUGGAAACAAUCAUUCUUGUAAUUUCAUUUGGUGGUGCAUAAAUGACUACGAACUGGUGCACUUAAAAACAUGGGAGAAAUCUGCAGUGUUUUGAUAAUCAUAAUAAACCUGGCAUUAUAUUUUAGAUGUCUGGAUGGAAGCUACAGAUAAUUAUAGCAGCUAUUUUUAUAAAGAGUAUAUUUAAUAUGGAUAAAGAUACUGACAUUGUAUUACCAAAGAUACUGACAUUGUAUUACCAUUGCUAUCAGAGAUAAUCACACUGACCCUUUUAUGUCACUAGGGGGCAUUAGAGUAUUCAUGUUCUUCAAGUAUAUUUACUUAUAAAACAUUAGCUGUCCUUAAAAAGUAUCCAUUUUCUAUAAGGAUUAUCAGCAUGUUUUUAACAUAGAAAUAUUUUAAUAUUUGCAUCUAAUAUGUGGUGUGGAGAUGUCCUGUAUUGUUAACCUAAUGUUAAAAAAAAACAGUGCUUAAAAGUUGAAUUAAAUGUUUAUUGUCUGAUCUGUUAAAGGGAUAGUUCACUCAAAAAUUAAAAUUCUGUCAUCAUUUCCUCAGCUUCAUGCCAUUACAGUUUGACUGUCUUCUGCAGAACACAAUAUGUUAAGAUAUGACGUCCAUUUUAUGGACAAAAAAACACUAGAUAUUUCUCAAAACAUCAUCUUUUGUGUUCCACAGGAGUCAGUCAUAAAUGUUUGGAACAACAUGGGGGUGAGUAUGACAGAAUGUUCAUUUUUGGGUGAACUAUUUCUUUACCGAGUUGGCACUUUGUCCCCGUCAGCCAUUCAACUGAUCAGAUAAGGUGUGUUACUCAGCCUUUAUGUUGAAAAAAGAAGCAAAAAUGUGGACAUGAUUCAACUAUACUUUGUAUGCGUCUUAAGGUGUUCCCUGAUUGAGAGGAAGUCUGUGUUUCCUCAGGAGGAAAUUAGAGAUAAUGGGUGCCCAUAUGUUUAAAGGCCCUUAGCUGUCUGUGACUCAUCUGUUUAUCUUUGGACCUUUGGAAAUAAAAGUUAAUGAGUCCCAUAUUGACCUUUUACUAUGUAUUUUAUUUUCUGCAAACAUGUUUGUUACUAGAAAGUGCUAUAAAGCUAAAUAAAAUCUUUAGGUGUUA